AUGGCUGAGCAUCAGCCCCCGCCCGCUUGCAUUGUUGCUCACUUGCGCCGCGUUGGUAUCGAGGAUACAAUCACAUAUGGUUCUUACAUUGCAGGCAUCAUCAACGAGACAAGCAAAUCAGACCAACAUGAGGUCCUGUCAGAGGUGCUGGAGCGUAUGCUGCGCACGUGCAAGCUGUCCGGCUCAGGCACCCACCUUGCAACCGCCAUCCUCGACGACUACCACAAGCCCGCCAAGCCCAAGCCCAGCCGGAAGGUCAUCAAGGUGAACGGAAGCGGCAGCCGUGCACGCUUUGUGGCGGAGAAGGUGCCAGCAAGGAGCGUGUGGGCGCCACCACCACCAUCGUCGUCGUCAUCGCCGUCGUCAGCGACAUUGACAGCAAAGAGCGGUGCCGUAAGGGGCACUGGUGGCAACUGGGCACGCCCGCGGCCAGUGCAGACGCGCAGCGCCACGAAUGUCGCCAGCAGCAACAGCAACACGAACACCGGCAGCAGCAACGCUGGUAACAAAUGGGCCAAGGGAGGGAAGGGAAAGAACACCAGCACCGCUAGCACGUCAUCAAGGCCGGCGGGUGGCGGCAACGCGUGGUUUCAGAACGAAAAGGGGACGCUUGCAAGCACCAUUCUGAACAAGAAGUCAUCGUGCAGUGGGGAGGAGGAGAGCAACAAGAAACCGCAGCUUCGCAUCACACGCACAAAAGCAAAGGGGCGCGCGAAGAGCAAAGCAGGAACAGCAGCGUCGUCGUCAUCAGCACCGCCGUCAACAAAGACAUCGAGCGCUUCGACAAGCAGUGCCAGCAGUGUUGGCCGUGGCACGAGCAGCCGCAGCAGCAUGACAACAAGCUUCACAGACACGGACACGGACACUGGCGGCGGUGACACCACCACCACCACAAUGACCACCACCGCAAUGACCACCACCGCAAUGAACCCAACUGGCAGUACUGGCACGCUUGCACCCCUGCAGUCGCUCCCUGAUCUCUCCGCUGUUGUGCCGCAUGCUGACGGCUACACCGGUGACAAUGUUGGUGACACCAAUGCCAGCAACAAUGCGAAUGUCAAUGCAAGCGUGUUCGGUGCGAGCAGCAUGCACGUUGGCAAUGGCAUCAGCAAUGACAUCAGCAGCAGCAGCAGAAGAAGAAGAAGCGACGGAGGUGGUGGCGACAGUACUGUUGCAUCGACGCCUGCACUGCACCUGCUCAUCUCGCUUGACUCCCUCUUCCGACACGACAGCUUUGACCGCGAUGUGCAGAACAGCAGCAGCUUCACGCUCAACGACGGUGCCCUCCCUUACACGCCGUCCACGGCCGCAGCGACCAACCCCACGUCUACCGCGUCACCUCACGUCCUUGGUGGUGCACACGGCGCCACCAACGGCAGCGCGUUUGGCAACGGGCUUGAGCAUGCGUCGCCGUUGCUGCUGCAGUUCAAUGCAGACAAGAAUGCCGCAGUCCCUCAUGCCGCUGGUGCUGAGAUCCACGAUCCCUUUGAAUCGCACAAGCGGCAGCACAACCCACCCCAUCAGCCACAUCAGCCACAUCAGCAGGGGCAGGGGCAGCGUGGCGUUGGCGUUGGCGUUGGCGUUGGCGUUGGCGUUGGCGUUGGCGUUGGCGUUGGCGUUGGGCUGCUCGGGUACGGGGCUGUCGACUCAUCCGCGCCACUGGCAGAUGUGAUGUCGUCCCCACUGCAAGCCUCGGCAUCAAUGCACAGCUACACGGGCCACCACCAUCAUCACAAUGGCGAUGCUGAUGACGAGGAGGUGUUGCGUGAUUUGGAGGCGCGCACGUCACGCAUGCUCGACUUUCUCGACGACGGACACGACGACGACGACAACAAUAGCAUGCCCACUGGCGCUGAUGAUGUCUUUGACGAUGAUGGUGACGGCCAACUUGAGGUCACCUUGCAGCAGCAGCAGCAGCUCCCAGUGUUCGAGCUGUCGUCGUCACCGCCCGACGGUAUUGGCGAGAGCGGCAUGCCAGCGCUGAGCAGUGCAGCGCGCAUGCAGUCUGCAACCAGCGCCGCCCCCUACACCCCCUCGUCCCCUGCACCGCUACUGCCAAUGAUGGCGACAACAGCAGCAGCACCGCCGAUGGCCACAGGUUCCAUGGCAACGACAACACCGCCAGCAACCCACCCCACCACCAUGCAUAGCGCUGGUGGUGCUGAUGGUGAUGAUGGUGAUGGCAGUAGCAGCAGCAGUGGUGGUGGUGGUGGUGGUGGUGUGUUUGCGCUGCCAGUGGUGGUGCUGGAUGUGCUCGAGGCGUUGGCGGGACAGGACAGCGACACGGCGUAUCGAAUGCUACAGCUCAACAACACUGAGCUGAUGCCUGUGCUGAAGACGCUGAUUGGCCACGGUGACGACACUGCUGGCCCGGGCCCGUGCAAGUUCUUCAUCAAGGGCGGAUGCAGGCGGGCAGACUGCUUCUACUCGCAUGACCUGAAGACCGUUCCUUGCCGCUUCUUCCAGAACGGGUGGUGCAUCAAGGAUGACGCAUGCCCCUACCAGCACGAUCAUAUCAGUGUCUGCAUGCAAAACCAUCUCCCCCACAUCCGCCGCCUGUUGCGCCAGGGCCCCGCUGCCAUUGCACGUGAACUUGGGCGGGAGGACGACACGCCCGCCUUUACGCAAUCGAUGGCGGAAUUUCCAUCCCUUUCUGCCGGCGUGGGAGCACGCGGGGGCAAGCAGGACGACGACAAUGGUGACGAUGCUCGUGGCGAUGAUGAUGCUGGUGGUGCCCGUGUGCAGGGUGAGGACGACAAGCUGCUGCUGCAGAUACCUGUCAAGGCACAAGGCAAAGGCAAGAAGAAGAAGAAAGGCAAGAACAAAGCGAAGAACAAAGGAAAGGCGAUGACAGUGACCAUUGCAGCACCACCAACACCACCCUCCUCAUCGUCGUCAUCAUCAGCAGCAAAGGCAGCGCCAUCAUCAAGCAAACCUGGUGUUGGAAGUGGCGGUGCUGGGAGCGUGUGGGGCGGCCAGCAGGCGCGCGCUGGCGGGGUGUGGCGCAGUGACCACCGCACAUCCGCAACAGCACCGCUGCCAGACAUUGCUGUCGUCUCCGAAGCAGAACGGAAUGCGCUGUUUGAGGGCGUGGCGUGGGAUGCUGCCAAGCACAUUGCAUGGCGGGAGCUUGUGUCCACGUAUCCGCACGUUUGGGAGGACAGGCUCUUCAAGACCUUCAAGGAGCACGCGUUUGAUUUGAAACAGACCAUCGCUGCGCUCAGCAAGACGUACGGCGCACCACACAAGCCAAAGUCAAGUGUUGCCAAGACCGCCAAAGGAUCGAAACCGCCGAGAAAAGGUGCAUCUGUGCGUCCUCCGAAGCACUGGGUGACAACCGGCUCCGAGGUUGGCCAGACGUAUCUCGAUCUCCGCGCAGAAGCCAUUGAGUUUGCGCAGCUCAGAAACAAAUUCCUGCACCAGGCAACACAGGCGUACCUGUCUAACCAUCCCGCUGAUGCAAAGCGGCUGUCGCGCGUGGGACGGGAGUACGAUGAGGUGCAGCCAACAACGACCUACGAGACCAUGUCUUGUGUCCCUGUGUGCAUGUUCAUGGAUGGCACGACCGUGCACCCUAAAAUGCGUGCAGCGCACCGUCGUGCUGCGGAAGAGCUGUUCUCACGGCGCAACAAAGUGUUGCCGGAGGAAAACAUGCUUGAUCUGCACGGCCUCCACAUCAGGGAGGCCCUCGAGUACCUCGCCGUGUUCCUUGAGAGGUUGAAGCGCUCGCAGCAGCACGACGUCGCCUUCAUCAUCACGGGCACUGGUCAUCACAGCAAACACAAGCACCUCCACAACCCAGCAGCGGCGCGUCUGAUGCCGGCUGUUCAGCAGUGGCUGAGCGACAACAGAUACGCAUACAACGACGCAAGCACAGACAAACGCGGCGGCAUGCUGUGUGUCGCAAUCCACUCCUGA